AUGACUACACGCUUAUUAUAUGGCGCAGACUCGCCACCAAUUCUAAGAUGCUUCGAUUUAAAAACUUCGAAAAUUACCGUAAUGGGAGAUGAUGAUUCAGGAAAGACAUCCUUGGUCCGCAAUUGGCUAAAUAGUACUUUUCAAAAUUCAGAUCCUAACCAUUAUAGAGUAUCGGAUAUUUACCAUAAGACGGUUCAAUUCAAUUAUUUUAAGGAAUUCUAUCACACCUUUGUAACGGCCAAAGCGCAACUCUCCAACGAUGUGUAUCAUGCGGUUGAAAAUCCAAAUACAGUUGGAAGUUAUGCCGAUAUAUUAGAAAAAUACAUGAUUGACGCUAAUAUUUGCAACAAUAAAUCGGUUGUCGGAAGACGCACUAAGAUCAACGUUCAAAUUUCUGAUACUAAUCAGAUGGAUAUCUCAUGUUAUUCAGAUUUAACCACUGUGCAAAUCAAGCAGUCAGAUGCAAUUAUAUUGUGUUUUGAUUCCACUAACGAGAGUUCAUUUGCCAGUUUAGAGUAUUACAUAUGUACUAUUCACCAAGUAAGCUUGGAAUCCAAAUUGAAUAUUCCAAUUAUUAUAGCGUGCACGAAAUGUGAUUUGGUCUCUGAAAGGACCAUUUAUUACGACAGAAUUUUAGCAUUCCUGCAAGACCUAAAUUUUUCGCCCGAUAGCUUGGAUUAUUUUGAAACAUCAUCCAAGCUUGAUAUAAAUGUUGAGGAGUUGUUCUUCGCAGCAUUGUUGAAGAUUGAAAAAUCUAAAAAUGAUUGCAGGAAACUCCUGCAGGGAUUCAUAAAUGGUAUGUAUCCGGCCAAUAAUUCACCUUCUUUGAUUAAAAACGGGAAAGCUCGUGAAAUCGAAACCCAAGAAGCCAGUUGUAUAAGCAUCAAAAGCCAAUUGAUAACGUCUUCUUUAGAAGAAUCGAAAGAUUCCAAGAGGCUAAUUACAAAAAAGAGUGGGCACACGUCUAUGAAGAUGUCCCCGGCGAAAAGCCUUACAAGAGGAUCGUCAAAUGGAAGUCCAUCCAGCGAUGAAAGGAAAAAAUUGAAGAAAUGCAUCAUGGCAUGCUGUGUAAUGUAA